GAAGAGAGGGAGGAGAAGAGGCAGCCACACCAUUUAAAUCGCCAUCAUGUUGCUAAUGUUGUUCUGAUGUCAGUCCUGCACUCAGGAGUCCUGGAGACUGCUGUCACCCUUGGAGCCCCCAGACUUCGGAGGAGCCAGCUCUGUACCCAGAGGGUGAAGGAAGGCCGGCCAGGACUACCCUGUCUUGAAGACAGAUACUCAUCAGAGUAGAAGAGAAGCACCCUUCCCACAACUCUGCAAGAGAGGAGUCGGGGCAACAAGGAGAAAGAAUUCUAAGACUAGAGGAAAACCAAAACAGCAGAAGUGGAAAGAGAGCAGAGAAGACCACGAACCAGUUUGAAACUAACGCCAGCUCUCUAGCUGGGCACAGAGAGACCAGACAUUGCAGGCACAAGAACUUCAGACAUGCCCACCAAGGCGUCCCCCCUGCCACUCACCACCACCAGUCCUGAGAACAGCAGCUUCCUCUAUGACUAUGACUACUUGGAUGAUGUGACUGUCUUGGUCUGCAGGAAGGAUGAGGUCUUGUCCUUUGGGAGAGUCUUCCUGCCAGUCAUCUACAGCCUGAUCUUCGUGCUGGGCUUGGCUGGGAACCUCCUCCUUCUGGUGGUGCUGCUCCGCUAUGUGCCUCGAAGACGCAUGAUUGAGCUUUACCUGCUGAACCUGGCCGUCUCCAACCUCUUGUUUGUAGUGACGAUGCCCUUUUGGGCCAUCUCUGUGGCCUGGCAUUGGGUUUUUGGCAGUUUCUUGUGCAAGGUGGUGAGCGUUCUCUACACUAUUAACUUUUACUGUGGCAUCUUCUUCAUCACUUGCAUGAGCUUGGACAAAUACCUGGAGAUUGUCCAUGCUCAGCCCCUCCACAGACCAAAGACCCGGUUCAGGAACCUGCUCCUCAUUGCCAUAGUGUGGACCACGGCCCUGGCCAUCUCUAUCCCAGAAAUGGUCUUUGUACAGGUCCACAAGACCUUAGACGGUGUGUGGCAUUGUUAUGCCGAUUUUGGUGGACAUGCAACCGUUUGGAAGCUCUACCUGCGCUUCCAGCAGAACCUCCUGGGGUUUCUCCUCCCGCUCUUGGCCAUGAUCUUCUUUUACUCCCGCAUUGGUUGUGUUUUGGUUAGGCUGAGGCCGCCAGGCCAGGGCCGGGCUCUGAGGAUGGCCACAACCCUGGUGGUAGCUUUCUUCCUGUUGUGGUUCCCAUACAACCUCACUCUGCUUCUGCACUCGCUGCUGGACCUGCACGUCUUUGGGAACUGCCAGCUCAGCCACUAUCUGGACUACACGCUGCAGGUGACCGAGAGCCUGGCUUUCUUCCACUGCUGUUUCACUCCCGUCCUCUAUGCCUUCUCCAGUCGCCGCUUCCGGCAGCAUCUGAAAGCUUUCCUUGCUGUGGUGCUGAGAUGGCACCAGGACCCUGGCACUGCCCAGGCCCUGCCAUCUAGCUAUUCUGAGAGCAGCAGGGUUACUGCCCAAGAAGAUAUGGUCAGCAUGCAUGACUUUGGAGAGAGGCCGGCUGACGACUCCCUUAACAAGGGGCCCGUGGGGAAUGAUUGGCCGAGUGGCCAUGGGGAGAGCACUGCUCUCUCUUAGGGCCAGCAUGACCAUGCUGCUUGCCCAGUGGCUCUCAGCCAUCAGCAGGUCUCGCUCACUGCUGCCACUUCCUCCAUCUUCCUGGACCCCAUGCUGUCUGCCAAAUCGCUGCAAUGGUCUCCAUAAUCUCUGCUUCCAUCACGUGUGCUUC